UUGUUCCUCCGCCAAUGAGGUGUACUAUUUUCUCUCAGCCUGAGAAAUGUUUUUAACUAACCACCUCCAAAUAGGGGGCAUAUACAACCCGAUUUCUUUCGAUCAUCACAGCGUGAAGGCUCCUAUGUUUUUUUCUGACUCAAAAUAAACGGAACUCGGAGAGACCCCUUGCGGAAGGAUCUGGUUUGUUGUGGUGAGGUACAGAGGUGGGGGGGAGGAGACGCUGACAAACCAAGAUGGCGGUUGCAGCGAUGAAACCUGCCGCGACUGGGACUUAAGUGUAGUAGUGAAGGCUUCAGUAGUUAGGAGGCAGCGGUAGGGUGUGGAAGAAACGGAACAGGACUAAGAACCGGUAAUCGAAACCUCAGCCUGAGACUUUUAGAGGACGGUACCCGCCCCCCCUAAGCCCUAGACGGGCGGUGGCCGUCCUGCUUAGGGCCUAGACUCCGAGAAGUGCCUCGGUUUCAGACAGCGGCGGCGCCAUGAGUCCUUAAGGGCUGCCUGAGCCCUCCCGAUCUCUGGCCCAGCCCUCGGGCCCACCAUGGAGCUGGGGUCCGACGAUUUCCUACCGCCGCCGGAGUGUCCGGUGUUCGAGCCUAGCUGGGCCGAGUUCCGAGACCCUCUUGGCUACAUCGCGAAAAUCAGACCCAUCGCCGAGAAGUCCGGCAUUUGCAAGAUCCGCCCACCCGCGGACUGGCAGCCACCCUUUGCUGUGGAAGUGGACAACUUCAGGUUUACUCCCCGAAUCCAGAGGUUGAAUGAGCUGGAGGCCCAGACAAGAGUGAAACUGAACUAUUUGGACCAGAUUGCCAAAUUCUGGGAGAUCCAGGGCUCAUCCUUAAAGAUUCCCAAUGUAGAACGGCGGAUCUUGGACCUCUAUAGCCUCAGCAAAAUUGUGGUGGAAGAAGGUGGUUAUGAAACUAUCUGCAAGGACCGUCGAUGGGCCCGUGUGGCUCAGCGCCUCAACUAUCCACCUGGAAAAAACAUUGGUUCCUUGCUACGCUCUCACUAUGAACGCAUUGUUUAUCCCUAUGAAAUGUACCAGUCUGGAGCCAACCUUGUGCAGUGUAACACACGCCCAUUUGAUAAUGAGGAAAAAGACAAGGAAUAUAAACCCCACAGCAUCCCCCUUCGACAGUCUGUGCAGCCUUCCAAGUUCAACAGUUAUGGACGACGGGCAAAGAGACUACAGCCUGAUCCGGAACCCACAGAGGAAGACAUUGAAAAGAAUCCAGAACUGAAGAAGCUACAGAUAUAUGGAGCAGGCCCCAAGAUGAUGGGGCUGGGCCUAAUGGCCAAAGAUAAGACUCUUCGGAAAAAAGAUAAAGAGGGACCUGAAUGUCCCCCCACUGUGGUGGUAAAGGAGGAAUUAGGUGGGGAUGUCAAGGUGGAGUCAGCCUCACCCAAGACCUUCCUAGAAGGCAAGGAGGAACUGAGUCACAGCCCUGAGCCCUGCACCAAGAUGACCAUGAGGCUGCGAAGGAACCACAGCAAUGCCCAGUUUAUUGAGUCAUACGUAUGCCGAAUGUGUUCCCGGGGAGAUGAAGAUGACAAACUCUUACUGUGUGAUGGCUGUGAUGACAAUUACCACAUCUUUUGCCUGCUGCCUCCUUUGCCUGAAAUCCCGAAAGGUGUCUGGAGGUGUCCAAAGUGUGUCAUGGCGGAGUGUAAGCGGCCCCCUGAAGCCUUUGGCUUUGAACAAGCUACCCGGGAAUAUACUCUUCAGAGCUUUGGAGAGAUGGCUGACUCCUUUAAAGCUGACUACUUCAACAUGCCUGUGCAUAUGGUACCCACAGAACUUGUAGAGAAGGAGUUCUGGCGGCUGGUGAAUAGCAUCGAGGAAGAUGUAACUGUGGAGUAUGGGGCUGACAUCCAUUCCAAAGAAUUUGGCAGCGGUUUCCCUGUCAGUGAUAGUAAGCGGCACCUAACCCCAGAGGAAGAGGAGUAUGCUACAAGUGGUUGGAACCUGAAUGUGAUGCCUGUAUUGGAGCAGUCUGUACUAUGCCACAUCAAUGCAGAUAUAUCUGGCAUGAAGGUCCCAUGGCUGUAUGUGGGAAUGGUGUUCUCGGCUUUUUGCUGGCAUAUUGAGGAUCACUGGAGUUACUCUAUUAACUACCUCCACUGGGGUGAGCCAAAAACCUGGUAUGGAGUCCCAUCACUUGCAGCAGAACACUUGGAAGAAGUGAUGAAGAAGCUGACACCUGAACUUUUUGAUAGCCAGCCUGAUCUCCUUCACCAACUUGUCACCCUCAUGAAUCCUAACACGCUCAUGUCGCAUGGUGUGCCGGUUGUUCGCACAAACCAGUGUGCAGGAGAAUUUGUCAUCACUUUUCCUCGUGCUUACCAUAGUGGUUUCAACCAAGGCUACAACUUUGCUGAGGCAGUCAACUUUUGUACUGCUGACUGGCUGCCUGCUGGGCGCCAAUGCAUUGAGCACUACCGCCGACUACGAAGAUACUGUGUCUUUUCUCAUGAGGAGCUCAUUUGCAAGAUGGCUGCCUGCCCUGAGAAGCUGGACCUGAACCUGGCAGCAGCUGUACAUAAGGAGAUGUUCAUUAUGGUGCAAGAGGAGCGGCGUCUACGAAAGGCUCUGUUGGAAAAGGGUAUCACCGAGGCUGAACGAGAGGCUUUUGAGCUGCUUCCAGAUGAUGAACGUCAGUGCAUAAAGUGCAAGACCACAUGUUUCCUAUCUGCCCUGGCCUGCUAUGAUUGCCCAGAUGGCCUUGUCUGCCUUUCUCACAUCAAUGACCUCUGCAAGUGCUCCAGUAGCCGCCAGUACCUUCGGUAUCGGUACACCUUGGAUGAGCUCCCUGCCAUGCUGCAUAAACUGAAAGUUCGAGCUGAGUCCUUUGACACCUGGGCUAACAAAGUACGAGUGGCCCUGGAGGUGGAAGAUGGGCGGAAGCGCAGCCUGGAAGAACUGAGAGCACUAGAAUCUGAGGCUCGUGAGCGAAGGUUUCCUAAUAGUGAGCUUCUACAGCGACUGAAGAACUGCCUGAGUGAGGCAGAGGCUUGUGUAUCCCGGGCUCUGGGAUUGGUCAGUGGCCAGGAAGCUGGCCCCGACAGGGUGGCUGGUCUACAGAUGACCCUGGCUGAGCUACAGGAUUUUCUGGGCCAGAUGAACAACCUGCCCUGUGCCAUGCACCAGAUUGGGGAUGUCAAGGGUAUUCUGGAGCAGGUGGAAGCCUACCAGACUGAGGCCCGUGAGGCCCUGAUCUCACAGCCCUCCAGUCCAGGGCUGCUGCAGUCACUGUUGGAGAGAGGGCAGCAGCUGGGUGUGGAGGUACCUGAAGCCCAGCAGCUCCAAAGGCAGGUGGAACAGGCACGGUGGCUGGAUGAGGUAAAACGCACACUGGCUCCCUCUGCCCGAAGGGGUACCCUGGCCAUCAUGCGGGGACUGUUGGUUGCGGGUGCCAGUGUAGCCCCUAGCCCUGCUGUGGAUAAGGCCCAGGCAGAGCUUCAGGAGCUGCUGACCAUCGCUGAACGCUGGGAAGAGAAAGCCCACCUCUGCCUAGAGGCCAGGCAGAAGCAUCCACCAGCCACACUUGAGGCCAUAAUCCAUGAAGCAGAAAACAUCCCUGUUCACCUGCCCAAUAUCCAGUCUCUGAAGGAAGCUCUUGCUAAGGCCCGGGCAUGGAUUGCUGAUGUGGAUGAGAUCCAAAAUGGUGACCACUACCCUUGCUUGGAUGACUUGGAGGGCCUCGUAGCUGUGGGUCGGGACCUCCCUGUGGGGCUGGAGGAACUGAGACAGCUAGAGCUACAGGUACUGACAGCACACUCCUGGAGAGAAAAGGCCUCCAAGACCUUCCUCAAGAAGAACUCCUGCUACACAUUAUUGGAGGUGCUCUGCCCGUGUGCAGACGCCGGCUCAGACAGCACCAAACGCAGCCGGUGGAUGGAGAAGGAGCUGGGGUUGUACAAAUCUGACACAGAGCUGUUGGGGCUGUCUGCGCAGGACCUCAGGGACCCAGGCUCUGUGAUCGUGGCCUUCAAAGAGGGGGAGCAGAAGGAGAAGGAAGGGAUCCUGCAGCUUCGUCGUACCAACUCGGCCAAGCCAAGUCCACUGGCAUCAUUGACAACGGCCUCUUCUACAGCUUCUAUCUGCGUGUGUGGGCAAGUGCCAGCAGGGGUGGGAGCUCUGCAGUGUGACCUGUGUCAGGACUGGUUCCAUGGGCGCUGUGUGACAGUACCCCGCCUCCUCAGCUCCCAGAGGUCCAGUCUUACCUCAUCCCCACUGCUGGCCUGGUGGGAAUGGGACACCAAAUUCUUGUGCCCUCUGUGUAUGCGCUCACGGCGCCCACGCUUGGAAACCAUCCUGGCACUGCUGGUAGCCCUACAGAGACUGCCUGUCCGGCUUCCUGAGGGUGAGGCUCUACAGUGCCUCACAGAGAGAGCCAUCAGCUGGCAAGGCCGUGCCAGACAGGUUUUGGCCUCUGAGGAAGUGACUGCUCUGUUGGGACGGCUAGCUGAACUCCGCCAACGGCUACAGGCUGAAUCCAAGCCUGAGGAGUCUCUGGCUUACUCUUCAGAUGGUGGAGAGGGCACUGGCAAUAUGCCUAAGGUCCAGGGGCUGUUGGAGAAUGGGGACAGUGUGACCAGUCCUGAAAAGGUAGCCACAGAGGAGGGCUCAGAUCUGGAGCUGCUAUCCUCGCUAUUACCACAGUUGUCUGGCCCUGUGUUGGAACUGCCUGAGGCAACCCGAGCCCCACUGGAGGAACUUAUGAUGGAAGGGGACCUGCUUGAGGUGACCCUAGAUGAGAAUCAUAGCAUCUGGCAGCUGCUGCAGGCUGGGCAGCCUCCAGACUUGAAGAGGGUCCAGACACUUCUGGAGCUGGAGAAGGCAGAGCGCCAUGGGAGUCGGACACGAGGCCGAGCCCUAGAGAGGAGACGGCGGAGGAAGGUGGAUCGGGGUGGGGAGCCCGAUGACCCAGCACGAGAGGAGCUAGAGCCAAAGAGGGUACGGAGCUCAGGACCAGAAGCGGAGGAAGUCCAGGAGGAAGAGGAGCUGGAGGAGGAGACUGGGGGUGAGGUCCCUCCUGUACCCUUCCCCAACAGUGGCAGCCCCAGCACCCAGGAGGACCAGGAUGGCUUAGAACCAGUGUUAGAGGCUGGUUCAGACACCUCAGCCCCUUUCUCUACUCUGACUUCCCGGCUGUUGAUGUCCUGCCCACAGCAGCCAUCUCUGCAACAAUUGUGACAGUGGCUGAGCCUAGCACAGACCCCAACAAAGAUCCUUUCUUGGCCUCAAGGAUCCUUUCUGACCAUCAAGCCUGCUUCUUGGAGGUGGGCGGAUAGGUGGAGAGACUCCCCCCUCACCACCAUCCCCAAGACCAUGACUUUUAUAUUCUGACUCCAAGGUAUUGUUCAGACCUCAGCUCCUGGGGGCCGGCCCCUGGAGUCCUGCGUCCCUGGUAACCUCUAACCAGCAUUCCCAGACACCAGAGGCAGAUAGACAGGUGGGCAGGGGAUCUACUGGGGCUGGGCCAGCACCAUUCCAGAGACAAAUCCAGGGCACAUGCAAACUGGGGGACCUCUCCCUUAUCCCCAGUUCUGACCCUGGGUCAGGCCAUGCUACACUAACCUUCCCUCCCCACCUCACACUUUUGCCUCCCCCUCCAUUUUACUUCUUUCCUCUCCCCUUCAUCUUUUCCCUUCCCCUUACUGUUCCACCCAGGAGGAGGAAACUUCACAUAGCUGUCCUUACCUUUUUAUUUUAAAUGAAUUUUGUUGGGGUUGAGCAGGGCUGCCUAUGGUCUGAAGGCUUUUGGUGCUUGUCCACACACCCACCUCAACCCUUCCUGCCCGUCUUCCCCUAUCUCCUUUCCUCCUCCUGGGUUCAUGCUGUAAUAAAGAAGAUUGUUGGUGUGUAAUUAAUUUGUUCAAAAGGAGAAAAAAAGCAAAACAAGAAACUUUGUUUCAACUAAAGCCUAUUUUAAUUUUAUUUUAUUAUUUUCCUCAUUAGAAAUAAAACCCUUAGGAAUGUUUUUUUGGAAACAUGUUUCUGAAGUGCAUUUCUCUUCAAAAAGAGAACAGAACCUUCCUCGCCUGUUAAUGGAGCAGCUACAGUGCCAGUUAGUGGUAGUGCCAGGGCCAGGGAAGCAGGGCUCUGAAUUUGAAUCUUACCAGCUUCUCUCUAACCUUGGAAAAGAUAUCCUGUUCCUCCCCCAAGCCAUUUCCCUGUCUUCAGACUGGUGGACACUGGUCCCCUUUGAUAAUUUGCACAACAGCUUCCCCUAGCUUUGUGCUCUUGAUUUUCUGUUCUCUGGGGGACUUUUUCUUCAUGGCUUUAUUGAGGUAGAGUUUCCAUACUAUAAAGUUCAGCUGUUUUAAAUAUGUAAUUUGAUGAGUCAGACCGUCCUUGAUGUUUCUCCAUUAGUUCUUUCUGCCCCUAAUGAAUGUGUGGUUAAUUUGUAAUUUCUGUGUCACUGUUAAACUGCUCUAUUGAGAUAAAAUUUGAAUAGCAUACAGUUCAUCCUCUUAAAGUAUACAAUUCAGUGACUUUUAGAAUAUUUUAGUCAUUGAAUGAGUCAUCACUGCAAAAAAUUUUAGAAUGUUUUUACAACCCUCAGAAGAAACCCCACAUUGCCUAGGUAUUCCCUCCUUACUCCCAUUUGUCUCUUCUGGACAUUUUAUAUAAAUGAAAUUAUACAAUAUGUGGUCCUUUUGUGUCUGGCUUCUUUGACUUGGCAUAGUAGCUUCAAGCCUAUUAAUAGUCCUACAGUAGUUAUAUCUUCACCCUUCUGAGCCUGAAAGAUGAAGGGGGACUAUACUUGAUCAGGGGCUGACCUCCUAAAAUAUGUUUAUACACUUUUUUUGUGGUUACCUAUAUGUAUUUUUCUUAGAUUAAAACCCACCAGAUUGCAAUCAUAUUUAUAAAGGAACCAUAACCGUCUAAAGACUAAGAAACAUUCUUAUGGUUCUGAGAGUUCUGUGUCCGGAGAUAGAGGAGCUAGAGGAGGAAACAAAAGCUUGGAGGCCCUGCUUCACUAGCUAACUUCCAGGCAUCCCUGGCUUCUCCAAGGUUUUUCCUCUUCUCAAGGUUGUAGAAGGUGUUACAGGCUAAAGUCAAAUCUUGAUCCCUAGCUCAGGAACUCAGCACACCAGCACUCUUACUUUGCCCUUCCUCAUUUAUAUGUUCAGAAGGAUUAUUUUGCUCCAUUUCUCUCCUUUCCCAGGAUUUCCAAUUGCUAGAAAUCUAGUGAUAUAUUUCACCCUCGUUGGGUGGCUUUCAAGGGUGGGAGCAUGGCUUAGACCUACCUGCCUUAUGCAGUCUUUUAGUCUAUGUUGAAAGGUAAACACCAGUAAACAGUGAAUAUCCCUACCCUUGGUCCAUUUUGGUACUAAGUUUCAAUCAAGGGUCAGGCCUUUGCCCAGCCAUUGGAAUUAAUCAUGGCUUCCAAUGAGAGUUGGAGGUAGCAGAAGAGACAGCCAUAGGAGCUUAAUCUUGACAUUUUACUACCACUCUACUCCAAGAAGCUAGGCACAGGAAGAAGUGGGCAAAGGAAAGGUAAAGAUGAUGCCUAUAACCUACAACUCCUAGGCUAGUGAACUGCUCAGGCCAAGGUAGGGGUCCUUUGUGGUAUGGGCCUGUCCCUUGACCAAUUUUCAGACAGCCUUUCUCAGCUUGACAUUUCCCGGCUGUAUCCCUUAUACACUUUGUGCUCCUUUCACAGUGUACAUGUAGCCAUUAUUGAUGCAAAACUGUCUUAAUUAGGUUUCUGUUGCUGUGAGAAAACACCACGACCAAAAACAACUUGGGGAAGAAAGGGUUUAUUUCAUCUUACAGCUUGUAGUCCAUCAAGGGAAGGAGGCAGGACCCUGGAGGCAGGAGCUGAUUCAAGGGCCAUGGAAGAGUGCUGCUUACUGGCUGCUCAACCUGCAUAUUGCACCCAGGACCACCAGCCCAGGGAUGGCACAGUCCACAGUGAGCUAGGUCUUGCAAUAUCAGUCAUUAAUCAAGAAAAUGCACCCUGGGUUUGCCCAAAGGCCAAUCUGAAGGGGGGCAUUUUCUCAAUUGAGUUUUCCCUCUUCCUCUAAGAGAGCACCAAAUGAGUGGGCAAGUUUUACCUCAGAGUCAUUUAGUUUACAGAUACCAUCCUGCUGCUACAUCCUAAUAGACAGUUCCACUCCUGUCAGGAUAGCAUCUGAGUAUGCAGGGGUGGAAAGAGAUACUGCUUCUAUUAAGGACAAAUCUCUCUUCUUCCUCCCCCAUUCCCCAUUCUCCUCUCUUAUUGAGACAGAGUUUGUAUCCCUGGCUGGCCUGGAACUCAGUAUAUAGACCAGGCUAGCCCCAAACUCACAGGGAUCUGCCUGCCUCUGCCUCCUGAGUGCUUGGAUUAAAGAUGUGCCACCACAUCCAGCAUCUAAAUUCCUCUCUUGGCAUUUCUUCCUGUCUCUAGCUUUUCAGUGCCUCCAGUGUGCCUUAAAUUAUGUCCAAAACACUAGGUUUAAUGAGUCUUUCCCCCACCUACCUGAAAGUAUCUAUUCAGAGGGUUCCUGGAGGAGACAAACAAGAGCCAGGUCUGAGUCCUCUGCUACUUCAAGGCUGGAGGUUGGGAGGUGGAAAUCUUGUAUGGUCAGUUCAGAAAGAGGCAGAUCAAGCAGCAUUUACAACCCCUACACUACAUGUGAAUUCUGUUCCUUAUACAUUGUAUGAAGUCUGCUGGUCCAGGGUGGCACUCUGGAAGUCAUUUGGGUCUGGACCAUGAUCACCAGAGCCCUGAAGGAGAAACAGAAACCAUCUGUCAUCCUAGAAGACCUGAAAUUAGGUGUGUGUUUAAGUCCUGGGUGCCACACUCCAUGUAAGAUACUUGGCAAAGUAAGCACGUAAGGAAUGGGUCCCUAAGAUAAUAUGCUGGGCCCAGCCAAAACUUGACAGGGCUGUGAUUGCCAUUUUCGAUGCAGAAAUACUCAAAGCCCUGUUUAUAUCAGAAGGGGUAUAAGUAAUUGAGAUGCCACCAGGCUGUUAAGAAUGGAACUUUUAGUAGACUGGGAUAUCAGCAAUGCUGGCUAGGUAGAUAGCUCAUAUUGCAAUUGUUCUGUAGAAUCAUUCCCAUGGCUGGCUGUGUUAGGUAUGUAUGUAUGUAUGUAUGUAUAUAAGACAGUAACAUGGCUGGUACAUACCUCUAAAACCAAACCUAUGGAGGUAAGAGGAGGAAGAUUGCAAAUUUGAAGUUGUAGAGUAGGACCCUGUCUUAAACAAAAGCCAAAACUUCAUAAAGCAACAUUUAGCUGCCUUCAAGGUCACUCACAGGCAUCAGUCAAGGUGUCAGCUAGCACAGCUGUCAUCUUCAGGCUUAUUGGGUCAGGAUGUACUUAGAAGUUCUGUAGCUAGCUGUUUGCAGGAUUCAGUUUCUUACUGGCUGUUGAACAGGUUCAGUCAGUUUCGUGAAUGUGGGUGGAUCUUUUCACAGGGCAGCUGGCUUACAAUAUGGCUGCUUGCUUCAUGAGAUCAAGAUGGGCAAGAGACAAAUUACUAUAAUCUUAGAAAUGACAUUCCAUUGUUUUUGCAAUUGACAAUAUUCAUAGAAGUCAUUAGGAGGGAGAAAAGGGGAAAGGUCUAGACCAUAUUCAGAAGGGAGGAAUUAAGAGGAUAGGGUUCAUUGGGGGGUCCUUUUGGAGAUUGACCUCUAUGGUUUACUCUUUGAUAAUUUAAUCAUUCAUGUCCCUUCCACGUACAAAAUAUAUUCACUCCUUACGUUCUCUUAAGUCACAUCUCAUUAUAGCAUAAUCUCAAAGGUGCUAAAUAUGAGUGAAUUGCCUUGGGCAUAAUCCCUACAUAUGGCUCAAGUACUGUUUUUCUCUAUGGAUGGAACUGUGAAACUUAAAGACACAAAUUAUCCAUCCAUAUCACUUCCGAAUAUACAAUGGUGGGAAGGCAUGUACAGACAUUCCAGUUCAAAAAGGGCAAAAGAUGUGUGUGUGUGCCUGUGGCAAUUGGAAACAGGAGCUACUGAUCUGUUACAAGUUAAAUCCAGCUGGGCAAAUGAAGUUCCUUGAAUUGAUUCCAAGACCGAGGACGAGUUUUCAUACUCCUGUCUCUGCUUUCUGGGCUCUUGCUGUCACCUUCUGUGCUUUUCAUGAGAGGUAGCACACAUGUUUGCAACCAAGAUUUUUUCCUUCUACUGUUUCCUGCCAGGAUUUUGGAGGACCAGUAAUGUCUUGCAAUGCAUGUGUAAUCAGUUACCAUCAAGGUUUAGACUUCUUUUUGGCAUGUUGAGCAUUCAUCAGUAAACUAGAAUGAGAUUGGCCUUCAGAGCAACCCUGACUUAGAGCCAUCAUGGCCACUUUGUCCAGAAGCCUGUUGGCAAAGAUAAAGGUGACAGACAGGAUAGAGAUUAGCUACACCCAUAGAAUGGAAUAUCUCUUUGGAGAUCUCCCAUAAUGGUGCUUGUUUAUAUGGGUUGUAAAAAAUUUCACACUGCACUCAUUUCAAGAUGGACAGCUAUUUGCAUAGGCCCUUUUCCUCAGCUAUCUCUUCAACAUUUCAGUCUUUUUAUUUCCAAAUUCUUGACUGUAUGCAGACAUGAAUCAGCAAGCUGUCUAUGCUUUUGACUGUUAAUGUGAUAGUAAUUUUAAUCAACCCAAAGUGGAGCUGUAACUCUGAAACUAGCCACUUGUAGCAGAUGCCAGCAUGUCGUGCAGAACAUCUGUAAGCCAAGCUUGAAUAUUGUAUCCCUUAGUUGCCUGGUCUCAAGGAACCCCCCCCCCCCAUGGGGUCUCAGAUGAUUAAAAAAAAAAUGACAAUGUAGCAAGUGUGAGUUUUCGGACCUGCACAUAAUUUAGCAGACCGGAUGGAACAGUUAACCAAAAUUACUAUUUGAUGCCAUGCGCUCAGAUGUUCAUUCAAAAAACUAAGUCCACUUUUCUAUUUUCAUUUUUCUUGGCUUCUGAGAUCUUGCUACUUGCAGUUUUACCCCCCCCCCCAUUUUUGUUUGUUUUGUCUUAUAAAUAUGUUGUAUCUUAGGCCAAUGACAUAGCCCAGUGGGUAAAAGCACUUGCUACACAAGCCUGGUGGCCUGAAUUCAAUCCCAGGGAUCCACGUGGUGAGAGAGAAUCAACUCAUGCAAGUUGUCCCGAUCUCUAUGUGUGUGUGCGCACACAUAAAUAGAUGUAAUAAAAAUAAUUUUUAAAAUGU